AUGAAAAAAUUACAGCCGAAAGAACCAGUACGAACAGUUACUCCAGUUCGGCCAGUCACUCCAGUUAUGCCAAUAGAUGAUAUUCGCCAUCCCAAAUUUAUACAACCUUUUGAUGCUCUUCCACUAACUAUACCACGAAUUGAUAUUACUAGAAAUUUUGGUAUUAAUUCACCAACUUCCAGAAGUAUUUCAUCUUUUAAUGAGCAAGUGCCAUCACCUCAUUCAUUAGCUUCAAACGAUCGAAGCCUUCAUUCCGCUUAUUUUUCACCAACAAGUCCUAGCAUAAAUAGUGGAAGUAUUCCGAUGAAGAAAAUCAUAAAGAAAAGUCGAUGGUUAUCGGUGCAUGAUGGGAAACCAGUCAGUCCAUUUAUAGAAACAGUUGCAUAUGUACCUUAUUAUGCCAACCCAUAUUCAUAUGAGGAUGAUCGAUCGACCGAUUUCCUUUACAGAGAACCUCAACGAUAUUACAGACAGUAUAGCGAUUCUUAUCUUCGCUAUGCUGAUGAAUGCUCGAUAUUCGUCGAGAAUCCAUUGUAUCGUGAUUAA